CACGCACGCAGACACAUUCUCCCUCUCUGCGCUCCGCGCCUCGGUCUCCCUCUCUCCCUCUUUCUCUUUCACUUUUGCAUGCCCUGCAACCUUUUAAAAUGUUGCCCCUUCCCUGUGAUUCGCCAGACGCCGCGCCGCGGCCCCCCGCGCGCUCGCCCGCUCCCUCUCUCGCCCGCUUUUUGUCUCUCGCGCUCUCUGUCCCCACCUCCGAUUUGCUACACUGAGGCUCCCGUCAAUGGACUGCAYUGAGAGCCGGCUCCGGCGCGAGUGGCCUCCCCGCUUCACGCUCGAUCUCCAGGCAUUCUUCCCUUAUUGAGUGUUCGUGUAAUAUUAAUAGUCAUGAAUCGCUGCUAUUAGGAGGCUCCAGGAACGCUGCCCAGCGCGGGUAUUAGAAGCUCAAGGGAAGCCGCCGCUAAGAAAAGAGGGGAGACACGGAUUAAGGGACACACACACACACACACACACACUCAUACACACUUUUUCCUUUUUGGGGGGUUCUUCAUUUUUUUAAAGAACUUUGUAUCGUAACUGAUCACGGCAGGAUAGAGACCGUGGGUUCGACCAGCUGAAGGAGCCGCGCGAAUCGGUGGUUCAAGUUCUCAUGGAUCCGAGCGGGGCUCCGGCGCUCGGGGGAGCGUCCGCGCCGUAACUGGAGUCUUUGGGUGGCGCGGGGCUCUCGGCGCCUUUUGUGUGGGGCGCGCUCGGGCGGCUGGGCAGCCGGGUGCUCCGGGCUUGCUUUUUUUUUUUUUUUUUUCCACCCUGACUCGUUACCCCAGACUCUUCGCAGAUGUUAGUUCACAGUUUUUCAGCUAUGGACCGUCACGACGGCACCAGCAACGGGACGGCGCGGUUGCCCCAGCUGGGCACUGUAGGUCAAUCUCCCUACACGAGCGCCCCGCCGCUGUCCCACACCCCCAAUGCCGACUUCCAGCCCCCUUACUUCCCCCCGCCCUACCAGCCUAUCUACCCCCAGUCGCAAGAUCCUUACUCCCACGUCAACGACCCCUACAGCCUGAACCCCCUGCACGCCCAGCCGCAGCCGCAGCACCCGGGCUGGCCCGGCCAGAGGCAGAGCCAGGAGUCUGGGCUCCUGCACACGCACCGGGGGCUGCCCCACCAGCUGUCGGGCCUGGAUCCUCGCAGGGACUACCGGCGGCACGAGGACCUCCUGCACGGCCCGCACGGGCUUGGCUCGGGACUCGGAGACCUCCCGAUCCACUCCUUACCUCACGCCAUCGAGGACGUCCCGCAUGUAGAAGACCCGGGUAUUAACAUCCCAGAUCAAACUGUAAUUAAGAAAGGCCCCGUGUCCCUGUCCAAGUCCAACAGCAACGCCGUCUCCGCCAUCCCUAUUAACAAGGACAACCUCUUCGGUGGCGUGGUGAACCCCAACGAAGUUUUCUGUUCAGUUCCGGGUCGACUCUCACUCCUCAGCUCCACCUCGAAGUACAAGGUCACAGUGGCGGAAGUGCAGCGGCGCCUCUCACCGCCCGAAUGUCUAAACGCGUCGCUGCUGGGCGGAGUGCUCCGGAGGGCGAAGUCUAAAAAUGGAGGAAGAUCUUUAAGAGAAAAACUGGACAAAAUAGGAUUAAAUCUGCCAGCAGGGAGACGUAAAGCUGCCAACGUUACCCUGCUCACAUCACUAGUGGAGGGAGAAGCCGUCCACCUAGCCAGGGACUUUGGGUACGUGUGCGAAACCGAAUUUCCUGCCAAAGCAGUAGCUGAAUUUCUCAACCGACAACAUUCCGAUCCCAAUGAGCAAGUGACAAGAAAAAACAUGCUCCUGGCUACAAAACAGAUAUGCAAAGAGUUCACCGACCUGCUGGCUCAGGACCGAUCUCCCCUGGGGAACUCGCGGCCCAACCCCAUCCUGGAGCCCGGCAUCCAGAGCUGCUUGACUCACUUCAACCUCAUCUCCCAUGGCUUCGGCAGCCCGGCGGUGUGCGCCGCGGUCACCGCGCUGCAGAACUAUCUCACCGAGGCCCUCAAGGCCAUGGACAAAAUGUACCUCAGCAACAACCCCAACAGCCACACGGACAACAGCGCCAAAAGCAGUGACAAAGAGGAGAAGCACAGAAAGUGAGGCUCUCCUCCCGCCCCGGCCCCGCCCGCCCGCCGCCUGCCUCACCAGCCCGCGCGCGCCCACCCACUCGGCCCCUCCCCCACCGGCAGGUGACAGCUCCGGACCGGCGACCCUCACUGCUGCUGCUACUGCUGCCGCUGCUGCCGCUGCCGCCGCCCUCCGGUGCCCCGGGUUCCCGGGACUGCUCACUCGACUGCCAGUGGGCAGCCGCUGUCCACUGGGCCCGGUGCCUCGACGUCCCCGUCGGACCACGCCCCCGCCCUCAAGUGGAGCCUAAGAGGACAGAACGGGCCGUGGAGCCAGCCAAGAAAAGUUCUGUCGAGUUGUGGACUUUUUUUUUUUUUUUUUAAACAACAACAGUAAAUCAACAACAACUUAAAAAAAAAAAAAAACAUUUAAAAAAACUUUUUUUUUUUCUAAAAAAAAGAACAUAAAAAAGUUUAAAAAAAUUAUAUUGAGCUUCAUGGGACUGAAUCACCACCUUCCCUUACACUCUUCAGUUCAGAUUGUAGCCAUACUUAAAAAAAAAAAGGCAAAGAGGAUAAUGACAUUUUUAUCAGUAUUGUGAAUAAACUUGAACACAAAUACACGAAGUUCCAUGUCAUGUCUUCAGUUGUAGAAGUUUUCCCUCUUCAAGGUAAAGCGACCAACUUGAACUUUCUCCAGCAACACGAUUCACAGUUAUAUAAGGGAAUCAGUGUUCAUGUCUCUGUAUAUAUUUAUUUAUGUGUAAUUUAAUGGGAUUUGUAAAUAUGGUGAGUCUGUUUUUUCGCCCUUUUUUUUUUUUUAUUUAUCUGGUGAUCUCGUUUACCUCUUGUUUAGUGGGUUUUGAAUCUUCCCUAUUAGUUCCUCAUGUGGUUCAUGGUACUUAUUUAGAAAUUCAAGGUUUGGGGGAUUCCCACCCCCCUCCCGGGAUUCAUGAGUUUAGCCCUGUUGUAGCAUGUUAAAGAUGACAAUGAAACAGCUGAACAAAUAAAAAGAAAAGUAAAAUAAAAUUUUAUACAUAAUUAGUAUUACAUUUAGCUUUUCAUUGAACUGAAAAAAAAAAGUGAUUGGACCCUGGAAACAAAAAUUUGAAACUUGAGUGGUUUGAUAACCCUUCUAUGUCUUGUGGGGAGGGAAAAAAAAAGUUUAUUUUGUUCCACUGUCCUCCCUUAAAAGCAUCAUUUGAGCAAUAAAUGAGUAUUGUCUUUACACCAAGGGUUAGGGAUUUUUCCUCUUUCUCUCACUCUUUUUGUUCAGAGAACUCCAAACAUUUGGGACCACCUGGUAUUCUGUAUUUUCACUGGCCAUAUUGGAAGCAGUUCUAGUUGUAUUGUAUUGAGUUGUGCUGGCAGUACUUUCCAUGCCUGUCAAUGUAUCAUAGUCCUUUGUUGCCCAGAUAAAUAAAUAUUUGAUACGCUUUAUGUCGAUUUUUUUUUUAUUCAGUGGCUGUCUUUACCCAGGCGUAUUUUUGUUCUUGGCAGUAUUUUUUAUUCAGUAUGGUUACAGUAAUUGAGUUUAACUCUCCCUUGGCAAUUGCUCCUUGCAAUAAGCAGCUGAACCCAUUGUUUCCCUCAAGUAUAAUAAAAACUUACUUUCAACUUGGAGUUCAGAGCAGGGUAUCAUUUAGAUAUUCCACUGAGUCUGUAUUCAGACAAAUGAUACAAUAAAACCCAAUGUAUUCUUUUGGAUAAAAGAUUGUUUGUACCGCUAAAGGAAUGACAUACUAUCUUUUCCUUACCAGAAACAUUAAUUUUAUUAUUAAAAAUAAAGUUUUAUUUAUUUA